AUGGAUGAGCAGGAAUAUAACUGCAGUGGUCGUUCGCAAUCUGAAUGGGAGAGUAGAGGUUCAGUGAAUUAUGUGCAGGGCAUCUAUUUCGCAGUGACAGGAACAUUAUUUGAGAUACUUUACGUACUGUGUCUGAUCGGAAUGGUUCGAGGUAAACUGUUAAGGACACCCUGUUACUGUCUUAUGUUCUUCAAUGGCAUCAUCGACAUUAUGGACAUCAUUGCCAGCUCAUUCUUUCCCGCAUACUUUCAUCUCACUGGAGCUGUUUUUUGUACUUCAGUUGGUAUCGACUGGUUCGCUGGUUAUUUCUCGUGGUGCGUAUGGUCUGGAGCUUCAUUCAAUUGUAUAGUGUUAGCAUUGAAUCGUAUAGUUGAGAUGAUUCCUUUUGCUGAAGGUUUUCGCUUUCUGUUCGAAGGUAGAGCUUUGCUUUUGUGGAUGACACUAUCUGUAGCGUACAUGAUAGUUCUUCCAUUCGUGAAUCGUUCUCAUCCGUAUAACACAGUUGUAGCUGCCUAUAUAAGUUCUCCUGUAAUUACUGACGACAAUGAAAAAGUCUUGAUUCAAGUUCUUCUUAUCUCUUCAACGAUCACGAUAACAUCGACCCUUCAUGUUCUGAUGACUUUUUUCUCAUUGACACGUAAUACAAUCAUCGCUGCCAAUAUUUUGUGGCAACUGAGCCACGGUCUUCAUGGAGUGAUCUACCUCUCUUUCAAUCGUGAGAUACGUUACCAGGUAACAAAAAUGUUACCUGGAAAAAAGCGACGAAUAUGGGCUGUAACAAUCAACACAGCUAGUUAA